UUUCUAAUGGUUUUUUAAUUUGUUAGAUUUGAUAUGACUUCGAUUUACAAAUGACUUGAUCCAAAAUGGGUUUUGCUCAUUUUAAUCUGGGUUUUCAUUAGAUUUUAGUUUUGGGUAGCAAAUAGAAGUGAAUUUUAAUGGAAAAGAUGUGAUUUUGAAUGGAAAUGUGCUUACCCUUUACAACUUUCAGGUAGCGGAACUCACUCUAAGUUUGUUCUAUCGAAAUGUAUCUACUUUACUUUCCUUUAUUUCCUUCGAAUCUUAAAUUUCCCUUUUAUUUUUUCCUUCUUUUGUUUCAGUCUUAGAAUCGUUUAGAAAAGCCACUUCUUCUUUUCCUCCUCCUCCUCCUCCUCCUCCUUCUUCUUCUUCUUUUUCUUCCUUUCACUGUUUAAAAUUUGUUUUUUAAAAGGUUCAGUGGUUCACUUCUUCUUAAAAUUGGGAAAAGAUCUCAUUUUGAUAUUAUUUUAGUGCAGAGUUUCUUUGCUUAAGUUAAACCAUUUUUGUACCUCUUAAAGUUUUAACGUUUCUGAGAGGAAUGCUACUGGGAUAGCUUGUUUCAGAAAGUUAGAAAAAUGGCUCGGCCUCUGCAUCGGGGUGUAUCUGGAAUACGGAUCUCAGGCAACAGCAAUGAUUUUUGGGACUCCCAAGUGAAAGAUAAAACAGAAAAGGAAGAUUUGGAUAGAAAUCGUUCUUCUGAUCAGAGCUAUUUAUCCUUCAGGUUUCCUUUUCGGUUACUUUUUCCAGAUAAUUCUCCUCCCAAAUAUGGUGCCACUGUGAAUGGUUUUGCAUCUGAUCCCUUCAGUGUUGGGACUCCAAGAAGCCGACUUAAGUUAACAAUGCUACUUUUGAAGUCAAGUUUAGUUGUGAUUGUAAUUCUUGCUCUCACUGGAUCAUUUUGGUGGACACUUUCCAUUUCAACAUCUUCUAGAGGUCAUAUAUUUCAUGGCUAUAGGCGACUUCAAGAGCAGCUUGUUUCAGAUUUGUUGGAUAUAGGGGAGCUUUCUCUUGGUCCUUCAAGGAUGAAAGAAAUAGAAUUAUGUGCUGAGGAAUCUGAGAAUUAUAUUCCUUGCUUUAACGUUUCACAGAAUCUUGCUUUGGGUUAUUCUGACGGUAAUGAGUAUGAUCGACUAUGUGGACAUGCGUCAAGGCAAAGUUGUUUAGUUCUUCCACCUGUGAACUAUAAAAUUCCUCUUAGGUGGCCAACUGGGAGAGAUGUCAUUUGGGUUGCGAACGUUAAAAUUACUGGUCAAGAGGUAUUUUCCUCUGGCAGUUUAACCAAGAGGAUGAUGAUGCUGGAGGAAGAGCAGAUUUCGUUCCGUUCAGCAUCACUUAUGUUUGAUGGUGUAGAAGACUAUUCCCAUCAGAUUGCUGAAAUGAUUGGACUGAGAAAUGAAUCUAACUUCAUACAAGCUGGGGUCAGAACCAUCUUGGAUAUAGGAUGUGGUUAUGGUAGCUUUGGAGCACAUCUCUUUUCCAAACAGCUCUUAACCAUGUGCAUUGCAAACUAUGAGUCCUCGGGAAGUCAAGUUCAACUCACUCUUGAAAGGGGCCUUCCUGCAAUGAUUGGUUCUUUCAAUUCAAAACAAUUACCAUAUCCAUCUCUUUCAUUUGAUAUGCUGCAUUGUGCACGCUGCGGUGUUGACUGGGAUAAAAAAGAUGGUAUUUUCUUGAUUGAAGUUGAUAGAGUUCUAAAGCCCGGUGGAUACUUUGUAUGGACUUCACCUCAUAUCAAUGUUCAGAGUUUUCUCCGUAACAAAGAGAAGCAGAAAGCGUGGAACUUAGUUCGUGAUUUUGCAGAAAGUCUCUGCUGGGAAUUGAUGUCUCAACAAGAUGAAACUGUUGUGUGGAAAAAGACCAGUAAAAAAAGUUGUUACAACUCCCGGAAGCCUGGUUCUGGUCCUUCUAUCUGUAGCAAAGGACAAGAUGUUGAAUCUCCAUAUUAUCGACCUCUUCAGAACUGUAUAGGUGGUAUGCAUACCCGCCGAUGGGUUCCUAUUGAGGAGAGAGCAACCUGGCCUUCUAGGUCUAACUUGAACAAGAAUGAACUAGCUCUAUAUGGUCUACACUCAGAAGAACUCAUUGAGGAUACUGCAAACUAUAAAACAGCUGUUCGUAAUUAUUGGUCUCUUCUGUCACCCCUAAUAUUCUCAGACCAUCCAAAGAGGCCUGGUGAUGAGGAUCCUUCUCCACCUUAUAACAUGCACAGGAAUGUGCUAGAUAUGAAUGCUCGCUAUGGUGGUUUAAAUGCUGCUUUACUGGAAGCAGGGAAGUCUGUCUGGGUCAUGAAUGUAGUCCCAACAAGUGGACCCAACUACUUUCUUCCCCUGAUUCUUGACAGGGGCUAUGUUGGUGUAUUACAUGAUUGGUGUGAAGCAUUUCCAACGUAUCCUAGAACUUAUGAUAUGGUGCAUGCAGAAGGACUUCUAUCUCUUGAGACUAUUCAACAUCGGAGGUGCUCCAUGCUUGAUAUAUUCACUGAGAUAGACCGGUUGCUUCGUCCAGAGGGUUGGAUAAUAAUCCGUGACACAACUCCCCUUAUUGAAUCAGCUAGAGCUCUAACAACGCGGUUGAAGUGGGAGGCCAGAAUCAUAGAAAUUGAAAGUAACAGCGAGGACAGACUCCUUAUCUGUCAGAAACCUUUCUUUAAGAGACAAGCAAUCUGAGAACAAUUUCUCAAGAAACCCAAGUCUUGGUAUUCAAAUUCAUUUUGUGCAUGUUAAGUAAUCAUCAUAAAGCUCCACCAUGGAAGGGGGAUACCAUAUAUUUUGAACAGAAAGUAGAAAGCAGAAAGACAACUCCUAUGGAGCCGUAAGGCAUACAUAGGGCCUUGUAAUUACUCAAAUCGAGGCACCAUUGCAAAUGGGAAGUAUAGGAUUCGAUUUAAAUGUUCAUGUUAUGUCUCAUUAGAACUAUACUACCACAUGAUUAAGAUUGUGAAGAUGAUUUACAGAAUAAGCUAGUGCAACUAACUGUGCAGCAUAGGAAAAAAAAAAAUCCUUUGGCAGUGCCAUUUAUGAUGAAAAAUUUUCUUCAUUUUAUCUUUUUCCUUCCAUAUCAUUUAUAUUCAAUGGAAGGAAACUCAUUUUGAUUA